AUGGCUUCCUCGGUGGGAGCUUCAGAUUCCUUCGUCGCCCUCACCCGAGCAAGUAGUUCACGGCCUCGAACAGCAACACGACCGACAACAUCGGCGACGAGCGUCGCAUCUCAAGACAUUGUCUGUGCUGUCAGCGAGUCUCGCGGUGUCUCUGCAACGGUUGGCUUGGCCUUCGUCAAUCUGUCUACUGCAGAGGCGGUGCUAUGUCAGAUUUGCGACAACCAGACCUAUGUCAAGACCGUCACGAAGAUCGGCGUGUAUGAGCCAACGGAGAUUCUCCUAAUGAACAGCGCCCAGGAAUCCAAGCUCGCCUACAUACUGAAGGAGAACAUCUCAGACACAACGUUCACCCCAGUGGAUCGGAAGUUCUGGUCUGAAACAACAGGCCACGAAUACGUGGAGAGGCUGGCUUUCGCAGAAGAUGUCGAACCGAUCAAGAUGGUCCUCGAGGGGAACUAUUUUGCUUCUUGCUGUUUUGCUGCCGUUCUGAAAUACGUCGAAGUAGAACUCAACAAGGCUUUCACCUGCCAUUCUCUGCGAAUCAAAUACGAGCCAUCUCAGGGUUCAAUGUCGAUUGACUUGUCUACUAUUGUAUCCCUGGAGCUCACUCAGAACUUACAGGCUGCAAGGUCAAAGGAGAGUCUUUUUGGGCUACUCAACGAGACACUGACUCCCAUGGGCAUGCGGCUGCUCAGAGCUAACAUUCUGCAGCCUUCUACCGAUGAAUCGCAGCUACUGACCCGCUACGACGCAGUCGAGGACUUGACCACGAAAGAGGAUAUGUUUGUUUCAAUUAGACAGGCCCUCAAGGGUUACCUUGACGUUGACAAGGCUUUGACUUCACUUAUCCUUGUCCCCACCAAACGAGCAAUCGGAUACGUCGAGCAAUCCGUAAACAAUGUCAUCAUGGUGAAGACAUAUGUCUCGUCCGUCAAGUCGAUAUACAAGGCACUUGCCCCGGCUCAGAGCAAUCUGCUCCUGAACAUCAGAGAGUUAUGCGCACCGGAAGGUCAUCAAGCACUGGAGCAGCUGAUCGACGAAACUCUAAAUGAAGAAGUCGCCUAUCAGACAAAGCCACUCGACCUCAGGAACCAGAGGAUAUACUGCGUCAGGGCCGGGGUAAAUAGCUUGCUUGAUGUCGCAAGACAGGCUUAUAAAGAGGCCAAUACAGAUGCUACAGAGUUGGUAAUCUCUCUAACGCCUGUAGAAUGCCAUGGCCUUGCGCUCGAUCUGAAGUAUGACAGAGCCCGCCAAUACUACAUCAGCAUCCCUACGACAGAGACUCAUACCCUACCCGAGGUCUUCAUCAAUGUUUACCGCAAGAAGAACCGCAUCGAAUGCCAGACGCUCGAUCUCGUCAAACUGAACCACAAGAUCCGAGACGCACACAACGAAGUGAUCAACAUGAGCGACAAGACAGUACAAGAUCUGAUCACGAGCAUCUGCUCCGAGAUAUCGAGUUUGUUCAAGAUCAGCGAAGCCAUUGCCAUCCUUGACAUGCUAGCCUCCUUCGCACAGCUAGCCACGAGCCACGAGUACAUUCGCCCGGAGAUCACCAACGUGCUCGCCAUCAAAGCCGGCCGCCACCCCAUCCGCGAGAAGAUCCACGCGAAGAAAUUCAUCCCGAACGACGUCUACGCCACGCCGCAGACGCGGUUCAACGUCAUCACGGGCUGCAAUAUGAGCGGCAAAUCGACCUACAUCCGCUCCAUCGCCCUGAUGACCGUCAUGGCGCAGAUCGGCUGCUUCGUGCCCGCGGAGUAUGCCUCGUUCCCGGUCAUCCGCCAGCUGUUCGCGCGGGUCUCCACGGCGGACGACAUCGAGGCCAAUGUCUCCACCUUUGCCGCCGAGAUGCGCGAGAUGGCGUGCAUCCUGCGGAACGUCCAGCCCGAGCAGCCGAGCAUGGUGACCGUCGACGAGCUCGGCCGCGGCACCAGCACCGCCGACGGCCUGGCCAUCGCCAUCGCCAUCGCCGAGGCGCUGGUCGAGAGCCACGCCCUGGUCUGGUUCGUGACGCACUUCCGCGAUCUGGCGGUGAUCAUGGGCCAGCGCAACGGCGUCGCCAGCCUCCACCUGGCCGCCAAGAUCAGCCCCGACGCGUCCAAGAUGACCAUGCUCUACAAGGUCGCCGAAGGGCCCGAUACCACCCGCUUCUACGGCCUGGCCCUGGCCAAGCUGGUCGACUUCCCGCCGGGAGUCCUCGAAACGGCGCAGGAGGUCGCUGAGAACUUGGACCGGAUGGCCCGGCGUCGGUACGCGAAGACCAGCGCAUUGGCCGUCACACGCAAACGCAAUCUGAUCCUUUCGCUCAGGGAGCAGUUGCUGUUGGCGCGUGAUGGGGCACUGGGUAAUAAGGCUCUUUGGCGGUGGCUGAAGGGUCUCCAGGAUGAGUUUCUCCUGCGCAUGGCAGCGAUUAACGGGGAGACGGCGGAGAGUGGUGGUGAUGAUGAUGGCGCGGAAGACGACGCUGAAGACGAUGCUGAAGACGAUUAUACCAAUGAUACUGAAGACGACGAUACUGAUGAUCCUGAAGAUGACGACAGCGAGGAUGAUAAAGGUGAGAGUCCCGAACCACCGAUGGAUCCAGAAGCGCCCGAGGACAGCCUGAGCUGGUCGGAAUGA